AUGUCUGAAGGCGUGAUCUCAAGUGAUUCAGCGAAUAAUGGUGCUCUACAGGGCUCAGCACAGGUUUCAAACGCACUUGAUCAACAGGCCACAUUAAAAGAUAAAUUCUCUAGCCUGUUCAGCAAUGCGAUGGAAAACAAUCCAUAUUUCGCUGCUGGCGGUGGCUUAAUGGUUCUGGGUACUGGGUUGGCCAUUGCUCGUUCGGGACUUAUAAAAGCAAGCAGGUUGCUAUAUCGUCAAAUGAUCGUUGAUCUGGAAAUACAGUCAAAGGAUAAAUCAUAUGCAUGGUUCUUGCAGUGGAUGUCCAAAUAUCCUCAAAGGGUGUCUAAGCACCUUUCAGUGAGGACCAAUUAUGUACAACAUGACAAUGGAUCCGUAACAACUAAAUUUUCGCUUGUUCCCGGGCCUGGUAACCACUGGAUAAGGUACAGAGGUGCCUUCCUUAUGAUUAAACGAGAGCGCUCCUCCAAAAUGUUAGAUCUCACUAAUGGGUCUCCAUUCGAGACUGUAACUUUGACAACGCUAUAUAGAGAUAGGCACUUGUUCAAUGAAAUUUUAAAUGAAGCCAAAGAUAUAGCAUUGAAAAGCACAGAAGGUAAAACAGUCAUUUACACGUCUUUUGGACCAGAAUGGAGAAAAUUUGGGCAACCCAAAGCCAAAAGAGCGCUACCAUCGGUUAUACUCGAUCAAGGAAUCAGGGAUAAUAUUUUAAAUGAUGUUCACGAAUUUAUGAAAAAUGGAAAAUGGUACUCUGAUAGAGGCAUUCCUUAUAGAAGAGGUUUCUUGCUAUAUGGCCCACCAGGAUCAGGAAAAACUAGUUUUAUACAAGCUUUAGCAGGUGAACUUGACUACAACAUCUGCAUUCUAAAUUUAUCGGAGGGAAAUUUGACUGAUGAUAGGCUUAACCAUCUAAUGAACAAUAUGCCAGAGAGAAGUAUAUUACUGUUAGAGGAUAUUGAUGCUGCAUUCAACAAGAGAGCCCAAAGCGGAGAAACUGGAUUUCAAUCAAGUGUCACAUUUAGUGGGUUGUUGAAUGCGCUUGAUGGUGUAACAUCAUCAGAAGAAACCAUAACUUUUAUGACCACGAACCACCCCGAAAAGCUCGACCCUGCAAUCUUGAGACCAGGUAGGGUAGACUAUAAAGUAUUCAUUGGCAAUGCUACUCCCUAUCAAAUUGAACAAAUGUUCCUCAAGUUCUACCCUGAAGAGGAAUCUCUCUGUAAUAAAUUCGUCGAGGCUGUAACGAAGAGAGGAAUCACGGUAAGUACCGCGCAGUUACAAGGUCUCUUUGUAAUAAAUAAGGAUAAACCUGAAAUGGCUCUGCAAAUGAUUGAUACCAUGCUCAAAUCACCAGACAACUUUUGA